UAUACAAUCCAGAGACAGAACCAAGUCUUCAAUUCACCAAGAAAUCCAAACCUUUUAAUCUGAGCAUCUAACACUUCUUUCAGAAGCUUCAAAUUUCAAAUUUCAAGACACAAGAAAUGACUUUGUUCAGAGGUCUCUUGGGUGCCAAGAGGAUUAUUGGUCUUUCUGUAGCGUCUACAAGCAAAAAGACAGUUUCAGCGCCAAAGGGGUUUCUUGCGGUGUACGUUGGUGAAGACCAGGUCCAAAAGAAGAGAUAUGUGGUGCCCAUCUCGUACUUGAGCCAGCCUUCGUUUCAAGCUCUUCUCUGUAAAUCAGAGGAAGAGUUUGGAUUUGAUCAUCCAAUGGGUGGAUUAACGAUUCCUUGUCCUGAAGAUACCUUCAUCAGUGUGACUUCCCGGUUUCAAUAAUGUCCUAGAAGAAUAAAGAUCUGACAUUAGUUAGCCCGAGUUAGAGAUAGAAUUAUUCAAUGUAAAUAUGUUAGCUUUUUCUAUGAGUUAUUCAAGAGAUUACAAA